CCAGCUCUUCCCUUUAAGAAUACACGGCCCGGCCAUUGCCCUGUUCUGCAGUAUUUAACACCCACCCACCCCCUCUUUAUAACUCUUCACACCAACCAUUCGAAAAAAGAGAAAUUGUUAUUUCUCAGGGAAAGGAACAUGCUUGCUUUCAUUACCUCGUUGCCAGCAGCGGCCUAUGUACUCAAUGUCCUCGUUUCCGGCCUACUCACCGCACUUGCUUUCCACAAACAAGUGACGCAAGAAGUGUUUGGCGGGAAUGCGUUCAUGCGCAAAUUCCUUAUUGCUGCCGAUUCAUCUGCUUCGACAUUGAGCGAACUGCCAUUGCAUGUCUUGGCUCUCAAAUGGAUCACUAUUCAACUGACUCACUGCGUCGGCGGCUUUGGUUACACACUCGCAUGGCUGCUCUCUUAUGUAGACUAUGUUAUCCUCGGUUUUCUACUCAUGCUGUUUGUUGAAAGUUGGAAAGAGGAUGCUGUUGUUGAAGAGGCUAUCAAGGAUUUGGCGGGUGGAGAUCCUGCUGAUACGGUCGAUAGUAUCAUGAGCGCGAAUAAUGUAAGACGUAUCCUGAACCCUAUAUGGACUCCGAAGGAUAUUGUCAUGUAUCCCAAUAUCACCUAUGCAACAAACGAAGAAACUACCGAAGCCAUUGAGCUUACCAACGAUUACGACCAACCGCGUAAAAUGGCGCUAGAUAUCUACAAAUGGUCUAAAGCACCCAAAAACUCGGGAUUACGGCCUGUCCUGGUCCACAUCCAUGGCGGAGCUUGGCGGAUGGGCGGCAAAGGAUGGUUGUACCCGCAUGAAAAGACUUUGGUGACUGAGGAAAACUGGCUUGUGGUCAACAUUGGUUAUAGACUGGCGCCUAAGAACGCAUACCCUACUCAUCUUAUCGAUGUCAAACGUGCUUUACGCUAUCUGAAAAAGUGCAUCAGUGCAUUUGGUGGUGAUCCAAACCUUAUUGUAUUGUCAGGCGAUUCUGCCGGUGGCCAUCUUGCUGCUAUGGCUGCAUUCACAGCAAAUGAUCCUCAAUACCAACCUGGCUUUGAAGAUGCAGACACAACUGUCAAAGGUGUGAUUACUAUCAAUGGAGCUUUGGAUGUACAAAGCGACAAAUCUCGAGGCGAAUACUUUUCUCAUAAAGUGGCACUGAAGGACAAAGUGGAUCCAGAGUUCUUGGGCAAACAUUCGCCCGUUGAUCUUGUGGAUAAGGCUAACCAGGACGGUCUGCUCGUUCCUUUUCUGGUCAUCACUGGAAGUAGAGAUGCUAUUGUGGAUUGCUCCAUUGGACGUCGAUUCAAAAAGAACUAUGAUCUAGCUCUAGGUGAAAAGGCAAACACGGUUGCAUCUCAAUGCACACUAGUAGAACUCCCGGCUGCCCAUCACAUCUGCCACCUCAGCUGGUCUCCACGCAGUAUUUAUGUUUCACGCCUGAUUCAAGUCUGGUGUCAACUAUUCUACAACAAACACAAAUGAUCACCUCUCUCUCGUUGUAUAUCCACCUCCACUUCACCCUCCCAAACCCAUCGCAAUACAAUUACAUUUCCUUUUUCUUUUUCUUAUGUACCAUGUGUGCGUGUGUGUGUGUGUGUGUGCGUGGUUUAUAU